UAAGUAAAGCAGUAGCACAAUGGUGGGGUCAUGAACUCAUUUGGUCCACAUAUUAUGCUGGGAUGUUUUGUCUGACUCUCUCAGAGGCUGAUUAAAGCGUCACUAGCUUUGUGAAUGAAGCAAACACGGCGCCUCCUCCUCCUUCUCCUCCUCCUCCUCCUCUUGCGGGAACAGCAGUGUAGCGCAGGAUGUCCAGGUGCCAGCGCUGAAAACCAGGAUUUGACAUCAAACCAGCACAAAAACAGGGCUUUUUUUUUUUUUUUAAAGCCCCUCUGCGAUUGUGGUGUCACCAUGAACACGGGAGGAGGGAUGGAGGUUGGGAGUGGAAGCACUCACCGCGCACGCCGUGCGCCCUUCUCCUCCUUUCUCUAAUCCAAACCUCGUGAUCCAUUCAGCGGCGCCUGCGUUCACUGCGUGCAGGAGAAACAAUAAACCAGCCGAGGGGCAAAGGAGGGAAAAGUAUUCGGGAGAGAGGCUGACAGGAAGUUUAGACGCUUGUGGAGACGCAUCCCUCCGCGUCCUCCUCCCAGAAUCUGGAUGAAGAGGCUGUGACUGGCGGUGUAUCUGCUUCCAUCGCUCCUGUGGUUUUCCCAACCUCGGCCCCCAGAGCGGUGGUUCCUGCGCCUCUCCUCCUCCUCCUCCUCCUCCCCGCUUUAACCGGCGUCGUGGCUAAACCAGAAACCAUGGGUCGUAGGCUGGACCUGUCGGGGCUAACCGACGACGAGGCGGAGCACGUCCUGAAAGUGGUCCAGCGUGACAUGAAGCUGAGAAAGAAGGAGGAGGAGAGGCUGAGUGAAAUGAAGCAGGAGCUGGCGGAGGAAGGCAGCAGAUGCUCCAUCCUCUCCAAGCAGCACCGUUUCAACGAGCACUGCUGCAUCCGCUGCUGCGCUCCUUUCACCUUCCUGCUCAACCCGAAGCGCCAGUGCCUGGACUGCCAGUACAACGUCUGCAAGACCUGCUGCACCUACAGCAAGAGGGACAAGGCUUGGCUCUGCUCCGCAUGCCAGAAGGGCAGGAUUUUUAGGACUCAGUCGCUGGAAUGGUAUUAUAACAAUGUGAAGAGCCGCUUCAAGAGGUUCGGCAGCGCCAAGGUUUUGAAGACUUUGUACAGAAAGCACAUCAUUGAGAGAGGAGCGUUCUCUGAUCUCCCAGAAAGCAGCAUUCAAGAGGGAAGCAACGACAACGAUGGCAGCAUCUGUGGCAGCGACUCCGCCUUUUACAAGCACAGUGAAGGACACAGCAUGGCAGAGACGCUCACAGUGGCCCUUCGUGUUGCUGAGGAAGCUAUAGAGGAGGCCAUCACAAAGGCAGAGGAGUUCCCCGACAGCUUGGAGAAGCAGAAUGAGGCUCGGUAUCUGCGGGAUAACAAAGACGAGCUCAUAGAAGAACUGGCCACAACAAUUGUGCAAAAAAUCAUCCAGAGGAGGAAACGUUCAGAGAUGCAGACAGAGUAUGAUUUUGUCUGGCCACAGCCUCAGUCUCUGAUUAUGCCCAGUGGAGGGACUUCUCCCUCACAGCCCCACACCUCAAAGCAAGACCCUUCCAGGACUCCCUUCUCACUCUGGCAGAGGUCUAGAUCAGCAUACUCCCUCACCAGCGACGACUCCCCAGAAAAGGCUCCGGAGCUCAGAACAGAGGAGGAGGCUGCAGUGGCGGGAGGUGGUAACCUGCAGGAGUACUCUUCUCUAAAGAGGGAGGCCAAAGCUGCGUCUCUGCCCAGCUGGAAAAGCAUGGACCGACUGGACAAUUCCAGUGCAUCCUCGGUGCUCCAGAGUCCAGACGGGAACUGGAUCGCCCUGCACAGCUCCCAGCUGUCCCGGCCCAGUCUCCUCACCAAACGGAAGAGCCUCGUGUUCAGCGUGCUUGAAAAAGAGUCCAACGUCGUCUCGGCUUACGACGAGAUGGGGUCGGCCUCCGAGGAGGAAGACGAGGGCGGCUGGAGUAAGGCUUUGAGACAGUUUCGGCGCAAGCUCUCGGAUGAGACCUACUACACGGACUCGCAGCACGAUCCCGAGUGGACUUACACCCAGCACCUCCCCAUCACGUCCCCAUCCUCCGGCCAGUACACAAACACAGAAACUCUCAACUCAGACUCCGAGGCCUCAUCCUUGGUGUGUCCUCGUAAACCUCUGCCAAACUCGUUUAGAAAAAAAGGACCCCCAGAUAUCUAUCUGCACCCUCAUCAGCAGCCCCACUACCACCAACACCUGCAGCAGAACUUCCCUCCAUACUCAGCUCAUUCACAGGCGCUGGACGUGAACUUUAACCCCAAGGUAAUAGGAGACAGCAGUGAGGGAGAGGAGAAGCAAUGUGAUCCUAAAAGAAGAUCCCGGCGACGAAGGAAGAGCAGAAGGGAGUCCUCGACAGAACGGAACCAUCCUGGAUCCCAGAGCCACGCACAGUCCAUCUACCCGCUAGCACAGGAGAACAGUGGUCUCCUACUCAAUGCCUUGCUAAAGAGAGGGCUUAGUGAGGAACAUCCGGUUCCCGACAGCAGGUCAGUUGCUGCUGCCGCCCCGGACACCCUGAAUUUUCAGGCUGCGAGGCCUCAACGGGAGGAUUUAGACACAACGCCUUUAAAUUCAUCCGACCUCAACCGUCCUCAGCUCCAGUCUUUGGAUCAAGGGCCACAGCUCUCUGAUCCUUGUGCAGACCUGCUGGAAGACAAACUACAAUCCAGACUCAGUCAAUCGGUCAGCAACAGCAAAGACAACAGCUCGUCUGACGAGGAGAGCAAAAGGUGGUUUACGGACAAACAGAUGGACUGUGAAAGUGCAAAAUCAAGGCCAAAGGACACGGACAGACAAAGGAACAGGGAAAUUGAGAAAAGAGAAAAAGGAAGUGAAGCCAAGGAGCAAGGAAGUGUGAAGCAAGUCAAGAGUCCUUCAUGGGAAGAGGAGGAAGGAGUUUGGGAGAGGCAUUUAGAGAGAGGAGGGCCCAGUUUGGAGGAGAACGUGUCUGAGCAGGAUCAGAGGAGAGAGGAGAAAAGACAAAUGAAAGGACAAAGUAAGAAGCAGCACAGUAGAGAUGUGGAGAAAGACGCAGGACAAAGAAGUGACACCAGGAGUGGAUCCAACGUGAGUUCACCUGCUGUGACACCUUCUUCCCAGGAGGGGGAGCUAGCAAACAACCAGGUGGAACAGAAUAACUUGGGAAAAGAGCAGAAGUAUCGGUUUCUCUCUCCUUACUCACAACAGAAGUACUCGGCAGCCUCUCUCUGCAGCAUCACCACAGAGGUGCUAAAGGUCUUAAAUGCUACGGAGGAGCUGAUCGGGGAGGCAGGAGGAGAUAGCUACACUCCCUCUGAAUCCAUGAGUGCCUCUCCUAUAUCCAGCAGCUCUGAGACCCGCAGGCUGGACCAGAGACUCACCAAGAUGGAGGAGAAUGUGUACCUGGCUGCUGGGGCGGUGUACGGCCUGGAGGGAGCGCUGGGGGAGCUGGAACAAUGUGCCCGCAGUAUCAGCUGUGCGACCUCUGACACAGAGCUGGCCUUUUUGGAGGACCAGGUUGCUACUGCCGCAGCACAGGUCCAGCAGUCGGAACUACAGAUAUCAAACAUCGAGGCCAGAAUAUCAGCUCUGAAAACUGCAGGGUUAAAUGUGACUGCCUGCAAUCGCUUUGCCAAGCUUAAGCCAAAGUCCAAGCCUGAAACUCUGGACUCAUCGCGACACCAGAGGAGGAAACUCCCAGCUCCUCCGCUGAAAGCUUCAGAAAAGUUGGAGACAGAUCAGCAGAUGACUGCAUUUCGGCCAUAGUGUCAGGCAACAGCACAAGUCUCUUGGGGGCCACCUCAGAACCCCAGGGACAGGGGCCCUUUCCCAUCCAGUGCCUUGACUCAGCGUCUGCCUCAAGCUCUUGGCCAAGCAAGGGCUAAUACCCGCCCUGUGCAACUCACCAAACACCGAUCCGUCAGCCGACUGCAUCACAGAAAAAAAAAAA